GACAAACUGACCGUCCAUUUGGUGUGACCGUAGAGCCCUUGUUUCUUAGUUAUAUAUUAACUGCUUUAGAAGGUAGGAGUUAGUUAGAAAGAUACAUGUAGGAGCUGCUGUUUUCUGACAUCUGUACCCCAAAGAGACAGCAACAUGGGGGCACCUACCGUUCUCAUCACAAUCUUGCUGUUGUUUCUUCCUGCUUUGUCUCACGCUCAACUAUACAACCUCAUAGCUCCAAAUGUCUUCAGAGUGGAAUGCGAGGAGAAAGUUAUAGUCGAAUCUCAUGAUUACAACAGCCAACUUAAAGUUCAUAUACUUCUUCAAGACUUUCCAAACAAAAAAAAUAUAUAUCAUGAAACAGAAUUUACACUGAAUGCAACAAACAAUUUUCUUGGUGAAGCUGAUGUGAAGAUACCUGCAAAUCUCAUUGAACACAACCGAAAUCAAAAGAAGUUUUUGUACUUAACAGCAAAAUCUGUUGCAUUCAGCCUGGAGAAAGUGAUUUUGAUAUUAUUUCAGUAUGGAUACAUCUUUAUUCAAACUGACAAACCCCUCUAUACUCCAUCAAGUAAAGUGCUUUAUCGCCUCUUUGCUGUUGACCACCAAUUCAAACCCAGCUCCGGAGCUGUUACUGUUGAUAUUGUGAAUCCUGAUGACAUUGUAGUGAAAAGACAAGUGAUGUCUUCCAGUGAACAGUCUGGGAUCAUUUCAAGCUCUUUUGACGUCCCUGGAGUUGUUAAUGUGGGAUUCUGGAAAAUUGUUGCAGUAUAUUCAGAUGCGCCUCAAAAGAAUUUCUCUACAGAGUUCGAAGUGAAGGAAUAUGUUCUGCCAUCCUUUGAAGUUAAAGUGGAGUCCCGUCAGAAUUUCUUUUAUGUUGAUGACAAUGAGCUUACUGUUGAUAUCACAGCAAGAUACUUAUAUGGAAAGCAGGUCGAUGGAACAGCGUAUGUCCUGUUUGGAGUGCAGAUGGACGAUGAAAAGAUAAGCAUCUCGGAAUCCUUAAGGAGAAUCCCUGUUGAAAAUGGAAAAGGAAUAGCAAAGCUGACUAGAAAUGUGCUGAUCAAGACUUUUCCAAAUGUCAGCGACCUUGUAGGCCAUUCUCUCUAUGUUGUGGUUACAGUUUUGACAAAUGCAGGCAGUGACAUGGUAGAUGCGGAAAAAACAGGCAUAAAAGUUGUUACCUCUCCAUAUAAGAUUCUUUUUACAAAAACAUCAAAAUAUUUCAAGCCUGGAAUGCCAUCUGAGCUCAUGGUCUACGUAAUAAACCCAGAUGAUUCACCUGCUAAUGGAGUCCUUGUAGUUGCAAAUCCGGGUCAAGUAACAGGGAUGACACACGGAGAAGGAACAGCAAAGCUGACUAUAAAUACGCCAAACAGUGUACAAAAUUUACAGAUCACGGUCAACACUGAAAUUUCAAACCUACCUGCGGCACGACAGGCUACUGCUUCCAUGAUAGCCCAACCAUAUAGAACAAAAGACAGCUCUAAUAACUAUCUACUCAUUAGUGUGGCCACAACAGAGGUAACGCCAGGUGAAAACAUCAACAUUAACUUCAACUUGAAGAAUGAUCCAGGCAUCCAAGACAAGAUAAAGUACUUUACCUAUGUGAUAAUGAGCAAAGGAAGAAUUAUUAAAGUGGGACGGCAAGUCAGACAGAGCGGACAGGCCCUUGUGACGAUGUCCUUAACUGCAAAAGAAGAUUUCAUUCCUUCCUUCCGAGUCAUAGCCUAUUACACCAUGGACACUCCAAAAGGGAGAGAUGUCGUUUCUGACUCACUGUGGGUUGAUGUGAAGGACACCUGUAUGGGAACGCUGCAAGUCAAACCAGCAGAGGACAGAGACAAAUUAAUUCAGGAACCAAUGAAGAAGAUGAAACUGAAGCUCACUGGAGAUCCAGGGGCCAAGGUUGGGCUUGUUGCUGUCGACAAGGGUGUGUUUGUCUUAAGUAAGAAGAACAAGUUGACCCAAGCGAAGGUCUGGGAUGUGAUUGAAAAGAAUGACAUCGGCUGUACACCUGGUGGAGGGGCUGAUAACAUGGGGGUGUUUCAUGAUGCUGGAUUAGUGUUCCACUCCAAUGUGGGAAUUUCGACAGAGUCUCGCUCAGCAUCAAGUUGUCCAGUAUCAUCGAAGCGAAAACGUCGAUCUGUUGUGUUAAUACAGGUUAAAGGUGAUAUAGCAAAAAAGUACCAGCAUAACCGUCAGCUGAAGAAGUGCUGUGAAGAUGGGAUGCAUGAAAACCCUAUGGGCCAUUCUUGUGAGCAGAGAGCAGAAUAUAUUUCUGAUGGGAAGACAUGUGUGGAUGCAUUCCUUGACUGCUGCAAUUUUAUCAGGGGUUCCAAAUUUGAAAAGCUAGUUGCAGCCAAAGAGAAAACUGCAGCAACCAUGCAAUUUGAAGCAUUAGUAGUUGCAAGAAGUGAUCUAGAUGAUGCCUACCUGUCUGAAGAAGACAUUACUUCCCGAACUCAGUUUCCUGAGAGCUGGCUCUGGAGUCUGGAGCAGUUACCUGGAGUAGCCACUGACAAAGGACUUCGUUCAAAAGAUAUUUUACUAACGUUGAAAGACAGCAUUACCACGUGGGUGGUACAAGCCAUCAGUCUUUCUUCCACUAAAGGAAUCUGUGUUGCUGAACCGUAUGAAAUCAUGGUGAUGAAAGAUUUCUUCAUCGACCUUCAUCUGCCCUACUCGGUUGUGCGGCAUGAACAAGUAGAAAUAAAAGCAAUAGUUCACAAUUUUUCCCCAGAGCCAAUCACAGCACGCUUGCAGCUGAUAUAUAAUGAGCACUUGUGCAGCAUAGCGACUCCUGACACCAAAUAUUUCAAAGAGUAUAGCAUUCGAGCAGACUCGUCCAUCACAGUGCCAUAUGUCAUUGUACCUAUGAUGCUGGGCGAGAUGCUUAUUGAAAUAAAAGGGUCCGUCAUGGGAAAAUUUGUUGAUGAUGGCGUGAAGAAAAUGCUGAGAGUAAUUCCUGAAGGAAUGAAAGUAACAAAGAACAUAAAAAAUGUCAUUUUAAACCCAACUGCAAGAAGCAGCGAUGGAAAACAAAAGGAGUUGGUGGAGGCUAUUGACAUGAAAAAUGUUGUUCCAAAUACUGAACCCGAGACCUUUGUCAGUGUGAAAGGAGACAUCAUUGGUGAAAUGGUUGAAAACUCCAUUGAUGCAGUGAACCUAAAACACCUCAUUCGUGUGCCGUAUGGGUGUGGGGAGCAGAACAUGAUCUCAAUGACCCCGACUGUUAUUGCAACACAUUACCUGGACAGCACAAACCAGUGGGACAAGAUUGGAGUGGAACUCAGGGCAGAUGCCAUCAAUUUCAUAACACAAGGUUACACACAACAACUGGCUUAUCGACAGCCCUCCAGUGGUUAUGCAGCCUUUAUUGGCAGACCGCCAAGCACUUGGCUGACAGCAUACGUUGUAAAAGUCUUUUCCAUGGCACAUCAAGUAAUUCCAAUAGAUCAACAGGUUCUGUGUGCAUCUGUCAAAUGGCUGAUUCAAGAAAAUCAAAGGCCAGAUGGAAUAUUUAAGGAGAUUGUACCUGUAGUCCAAGGAACAAUGACAGGUGGCCUCAAAGGGUCAGAGCAAGAUGCAUCGUUAACAGCAUUUGUACUUAUUGCUAUGUCCGAGGCCCGUGAAAUCUGUCGCAAUCAUGUUGGUAAUUUAGAUGGAAGCAUUAAGAGAGCAAAUGAGUAUUUGAAAUUGCGAUAUGCAACACUGAAGCGGCCGUACACAGUAGCGAUUGUAUCAUAUGCCCUAUCACUGUAUAACCAAUUGAAGAUGGAGGACACUCUGAUGAGAGCUUCUACAGCUAAGGUGUAUUGGAAGGACCUUGAUUCAGAUGGCUACACCAUUGAAUCCACUGCCUAUGCUCUGCUUACACUGGUUAAGCUACAGAAGUUUAAGCUUGCUGGUCCCGUUGUAAGAUGGCUGAGAGAGAAACAGUUCUAUGGAGAUGGAUCUGAGUCUACACAGGCAGCUAUUGUCCUUCUGCAAGCCCUUGCUCACUAUAGCACAAAGGUACCUCGCUUCAAGGAUAUUGAUUUAGAUGUUUCCAUUGCCUUACCUGGUCGAUCUAGACCUGUUGCUAUAAGAAUCAACAUGGACAAUGCCCUCCUAGGAAGGUCUGAAAGAACUAAGCUCAAUCAGGACUUCAUGGUGGUGGCCACAGGCACAGGACAAGGAACUCUAAAGGUACUGACCAUAUAUAAUGAAAUAGCUAAAGAGGACCUAAGCAAGUGUAACAAGUUUGAUUUACGUGUAUCUUUUGAAGAAGAUGAAUUAGGUAAAUUACCCGUAAGAGCUAUCUCCUCAUUUGAUAUCACCAUCUGUAUGAGGCAUCUUGGGCAGAUUGAUUCAACCAUGGCAGUUCUGGAUAUUUCCACGUUGACUGGAUUUUCUGUGGAUCUACAGCACAUUAAAAGGGUAAUGUUCCUCCACAGGCAGGUUUUACUUAUUUGGCUAAUAUGA